AUGGCCACCUCGAAAACCGCCGCAGUGCUGCAGGGCAAGAAGGUCGUCGUGAUCGGGGGCACCUCGGGUCUUGGGUUCGCGGCCGCCUCCGCCCUCAUCGAAGAGGGUGUUUCGGUCAUCAUCGCUUCUUCCUCUGCCGAUCGGGUCACUGCUGCGAUCACGAAGCUGUCCGAUCCUGCGCAGCAGUACAAUGCCGACGCCUCGCGCGUUUCCGGUCACGCGCUCAACCUCAAAGGUCCCACCGCGGAAGAAAACCUCAAGGAGUUCUUCUCCAAAGUCGGCAGCUUUGAUCACCUCCUCUACACCGCCGGCGACAGUAUCGCUGCCAAGCCCCUGCAAGAAUGGAGCUACGAGGAUAUUGUCAAUGCGGGAAGUGUAAGGUUUAUCAGCGCCGUGCUGGCGAUCAAAGUCGCCACCGGUUCUCCCGACUACCUGAAGAGGAAUGGUGGAUCGAUUGUUCUGACCACCGGUGUGGUGGCCGAAAAGCCUCUACCGAACUGGUCCGUCGUAGCAUCCUACGCCUCAGGGUUGUACGGUCUGACCCGAAACCUGGCGCUCGACCUCGCCCCCCUCGGAAUUCGAAUCAACGCCAUCUCUCCUGGCCCGGUCGAGACCGAACUCUGGGCCGGUAUCCCCGAAAAGGAGAGAAAGGAGUUUUUGAAGGCGACAGGGGAUAAGUUGAUGACCGGCAAAGUCGGCCAGCCAGAGGAUGUCGCCAAUGCGUAUGUUUAUUUGUUGAAGGAUAAGAAUAUGACCGCGCAGGUGGUUACUAGUGAUGCCGGGAGCAGCGUCGCUGAUCGCCAGUAG